AUGCGAGCCCGGGAUCGGGGCGUGCGUCUGCGCCCCUGUGCAGCGGCCGGGCAUGGAGGAGGGCCGGGCAGCAUCGCCGGGCGGCAGGAGAGGGGAUCAGAAAUCCCGGCUUUAGAAGGAGGAGAUGCUGUACAAAUUCUUGGACUGACAGACCCAAGGCUCUGCUACAUCCUGGAUGGAUUCCUCUUCAUUUACGCCAUCAUCAUGACAGCCCUGUUUGUGAAAGCGAAGCUUAGCCAGGCCUCUGAACCACAGCUGCCACAGGGCCAGGAUGAUGUCUAUAACAAACUGUCUCGUGGACACCGAGAUGAAUACGAUGUUUUGGGGGCAAAGCGCGGUGCAGAUCCUGAGCUGGGCGGAAGACACCAGCAGAGAAGAAAGAACCGUCAGGACACUGUCUACACUUCCCUGCAGAAGGACAAGAUGGGUGAGGCCUACAGUGAAAUUGGAAUGAAGGGAGAGCAGCAGAGGCGGCGAGGCAAAGGCAACGAUGGUGUCUACCAGGGACUCAGCACAGCAACCAAGGACACUUAUGAUGCUCUCCAAAUGCAGCCUUUGCCUCCCCGCUAA